AUGGACUCCACGCCUCCUUAUCACCGAUCCAACACUAAAUCAGCCUCGCGUCUCGACGAUUGGAAGCAAGAACCUCCGAAAAAUCUCUCACUUGAUUUGGUUCUUGUGUCUCCGAUUCCGAAGAGCAGCGAUACUCCGUGCGCAUCCCUCAGAUCCUCGUCUUCUCCUGUUCCUCUUGGCGAUACGCUCCUCUUAUCUCCUUCCCCGCUCCGCAAAUCGAAGACCCGUUUAGCCGAUCGACUCGAAAUGGCCUCCGAGGAAGCGGCUGCUGCUGUGCGCAAGCGGGGAAAGGCGAAGGGAGGGCAAAAGGGUCUUUUGGCUUCUCCCAGGAUUCCCCGGAGAUCCAGGCGAAGGUCGGAGGCUGUGGAAGAGAAGGAAGUGGUCGAAGAGGUCGCAAAGCCCAGAAAACGGAAGACGAGUGGUCGCCCUACGAAGGAAAAGCCAAGCUCGGCGGCGGCUCCUCCUCCUUGCUCGUCGUCUUCAGAUGCAUGUCAAAGCGAUUUGAACCGAAUCGGAGAGAUCAUCAGCGAUUUGGUUAUGUGGAGGGAUGCUGCGAAAUCGACCCUCUGGUUCGGUUUUGGAUGUCUCUGUUUCCUAUCUUCUUGCUUCGCCAAAGGAGUCAACUUUAGCGUUUUCUCGGUGGUGUCGAAUCUCGGGCUUGUGUUACUCUGCGGGUCCUUCUUGUCAAACACUCUUUGUCAAAGGAAAAACGAAGACACGAAGAGAGAGUUCCAUGUGAGUGAAGAUGAUGUCUUGCGCUUAGCCAGACGAUUCCUCCCCGCUGCUAACUUUGCCAUUUCAAAGACUAGUGAGCUUUUUUCAGGAGAACCAUCAAUGACACUCAAAGUGACACCAUUUCUGCUAAUCGGAGCUGAGUACGGUCAUCUCAUAACGCUGUGGAGGCUCUCCGCAUUUGGUUUCUUCCUCAGCUUCACCAUCCCAAAGCUUUAUUCGUGUUACACCCAUCAGAUUAGCCAAAAAGUUGAAAGAGUGAGAAGGAGAAUAAGUGAAGCAUGGGGAAUGUGCUCACACAAGAAGAUCUUGGCAGGCUCUGCGGUGACAGCGUUUUGGAACUUGACAAGCAUUAGAAUCAGGAUUUUUGCAGUUUUUAUCAUCCUAGUGAUAUUUCGGUAUAGGAGACAGAAUCUACAGCUAAAUCCCGAUCAAGUGGAGCCUGUUGAGAGUGAGAGUGAGAAGCAAGAGGAAGAAACACUCCCACAGGAAGAACAGACGACACAGCCACAAGACGAGCAAGCAUUAGUGAUGGUGGUUGCAGAAACUCAAGGAUCAAAGAAACUCUAG